CAUUGUUUGCGGAUAUGCUACGAGAUAGAGAAUCAAAGUCCACUUUGUUACGGUUUAUAGUUCUGUACUCCUAUUUAUACGAUAUUUGAAGUAAGUAAGUACCAAAAUGUCUACGUUGUGUGCUCGGGUAUUUCUUUUUCCUCUUAAGGUUUAGCUACCAUUCAUAAAAAGAAGCACACACAUCUUGUUGCUUUAUUUAUUGAGACCUACUGUACACUGCUACAAAAGGCAGGAUGAGGAAUCCACCGUGGCCCACAGGGAAGAAACUGGUACAUCUGGAUUUAAAAGGUGCCCCUCCGAAAAUUGAAUACCUACACCAGCUGAUAGAGUGCUUCUCUCAGCUGGGUGCUGAUGGCCUCCUUGUGGAAUAUGAGGACAUGUUUCCUUAUGAGGGAGAGCUGAAGCUGCUGCAGGCCACAGCACAACCUGCAUACAGCCAAGAUGAGAUAUUGUCCUUGCAGACAGUUGCAAAAUCUAAGGGAAUGGAGAUUGUACCACUUGUGCAGACCUUUGGCCAUAUGGAGUUUGUGCUCAAGCACCAAGCCAUGUGUAACUUGAGAGAAGUGUCAACCUGUGUGGGCACACUCAAUCCUCUCAGAGAAGAUGGGUUAAAGCUUGUAAUGGAGAUGUUGAGGCAGGUGGUGGAGCACCAUCCAGGUCUAAAGACACUGCACAUAGGCGCAGAUGAGGUUUACAGGUUGGGUGAGGGUGACAUGUCAAAAUUAUGGUUGGCUUCACCUGGACGCACAGUGGAGCAACUUUUCUUGACCCAUGUCGUAUCGGUGGCAAGGUACAUCAAAGCGGCGUGGCCUGACAUCACGAUCAUCAUGUGGGAUGAUAUGAUGAGAGGGAUGAGCCAGGACACAUUGAAAGCUAGUGGUAUUGCAGGACUCGUCCAACCAAUGCUGUGGGAUUACACACCUAAUCUGGAUGUGGACAAAACAGUGUUGUUGCUGGAGAAGUACUACAGUGCCGGUAUGCAAGAUAUCUGGGCAGCAAGCUCCUUUAAAGGCUCCACCUGUGUUUACACCAGUGUUCCCAGCACACACAGACAUGUCGAGAACCAUUUGCAAUGGUUGAAGGUGGCAGCGUCUCUCCCCACAGGUUUAAAUCUGAAGGGCAUUGCCAUAACAGGCUGGCAAAGGUAUGACCACCUGUCUGUGCUUUGUGAGCUCAUGCCAGUGGCUCUUCCUUCACUGGCAACUUGUCUCCAAACACUUCUCCACGGCCAAUUGAGUCCUGAGGUUCAAAGCAAAGUGACGAAAAUGUUGGGUGUCUCCUCUGUGGAGGCAGAGUUCAUGGGAAGCGCUUCUGGUGAUGCCAUCCUGUUCCCGGGAAGGACACUGGCAGAGUCGAUUGUGGAACUGGAUGCACUCCUUACCACAGAGGACAUCAUGUAUUUUGAAAAAAAUAUGUAUGUACGUGGAUGGUUUAGUCCCUACCACAGAGCAAGAAGGAUGCUGAAUCCUCUUAUCGCCGUGCAGAUUCACAGUCAAGCAUCAGGGUAUUUGGCUAUGCUGCAACAGAAGGUGGCUGCGGUAAGAGAGCAGAUGAGUCAUUUUUACCCAGAUUCAACAGCACAAGAGUGGAUAGAGGAGCAUGUUAGCCCGGUGAUGGCCCCCCUGCAGAGCAUUAUUGAUGAAAUCUCAGAGUGCACAGUGAAGAUAGUUCCAUAGAAUCAUCUUCCUUUUUAGUGCUAAUGUAAAGACUAAAGGAUUGGGGAGUACAUAACAUUAUGGUUCCUUGACAAAAUUAAACCCAAUAAAUAUAGAAUGAUUUUCAAUUGGAAUUCAUUUAUUUCUCUAUGUACUUACAGUAUAUACAGGCCUGAUUCAGAACACUUUUCAUUUUUUAAUUAUCUCGUGUAGUGACCUCGAGAUGACUGAAUUUGAAGAAUGAAAAGGUGUCACUUUAUAAAGAAAUUGAUGAGCUGAAAGGGAAAGCGGAAGCUUAGAAUAAACAAAUUGAUGAAAAGGAUCACAUAUCAAACAUAGUAUGUAAUUGUGACUGGGCUUUACGUUACAUGCAGGUAUUAUGCUAGUGCAGCUGAUAACACGGUGCAGAAGAUGUUUCUAUAAAACAGCAACAGGUGGAUGCGAAUGUCAAUGUUUGGCUGGUAUAAGGACACCACACAUCAUCGUCAUAGAGUUGAUGAUGAGAAAGAAGCGAACGUCUACAUGAAUAAGCAUCUGACCUAGCAGGAGCAGGAGAAAAUGUCAAUGUUUCAGUGCUUGCUGCACAACUUGUUCACAAACUUGCUGCAAAUUUUGCCAUUCAGCUCCUUCUGAAAUAGAAAGUUGCACAGUUCAUGUGCAUUCAAAUUAAAUUCAGCUGUAAACGUUACAUAGUGCAUUUUAGCUUCAUCCUGAAAAUUCACACAAAAUAACCCUGACUUUUUGAGUAGGGUAUGUCUUUGGUUAACACACAGAGACGUAACAGGCAGAGGAAAUUCACACAUCAUUUACCCGACUGGCUUGUAAUUAGCUUAGUGUGUAAAAACAACCAAAAACUGGGUGGUCCAGGAAACUGUUUGGUCCGUUGACACACAAUAAAUACCGAUCAGGGUUCAGUAGAAAGGCACAGUAAUCUAGAAUGUCUUGCCAAAUAAUACUUUACAUAUAAAUUUGAAUGUAAGAAUAUAUGCAUGCAUGUAAUUCAAGUCUGUAGGUAAGCAUACCAAGCAAUAAAGGCAUCACAUGUUAUGUCUUGGCAGUGGCAGCAUCCCAAAAUCCAUCCAGUCAAACUUACAAGUUUAUUUACAUAUGAACCUGUGUCAACGUUUUUCUUUUUCAUCCUCUGAAUCGCUGCUGUUACCCGAGGAGUCCACUUCCUCCUCUGUGUACUCUGCCAUUUUAUCCUGCUGCCCUCGCUCCUCCAGACCCAAAAAGCUCUUCAGCAGUGUCUCUAGGGCUUCCACAUCACUGACAAGUAAUGGAGGAAAGAAAAAAAGCAGUCAUGGUCAAUCUUUUAUGUCAAUGUAUAAUCAGAAAAAAAUAUAUAUAUACAGUGGAACCUCUAUAAGCACAAUUGGAUUUAUCACAUAUCAAGCUCCAAUUUGGCUGUUGUGGCUUGUUGAUACGUUCUUUCCUUUCGACACCGUGUGGAAGUCGAGAAGAGUCUCCCUUUUAAGACGGGUAUCACACCCCUCAGCCUCCCUGGAAAAGUCCAUCUAUUCCAGAGUGCUGGAGCUAAGACUAUUGGUGGGACUCCAAUGUUCUGUCACUGUAUGUUGCAUUUAGUUUUGUAUUUUGACACAAAAAUUAUGUAAUUUCCCAAAUUGUACAACUUCAUGAGCUAAAUUCUAUCUGUAGAGGUUCCACUGUAUCUUGUAGGCUGUUAGUAGUUGAGAGCUACCUGCGCCCCCCAAGCGUGGCACUCUGAGUCAACGGGUAGGAAAAGCCUGUAGCCAGACGUAACAUCAAGAGGUAGCCUUUCCCCAAAUAACGGACCCUUUCUUCUUGAAUGCAGACAUCAUGGAGAUGCCUCAAGUCCAACACAACUUAAAAGGGGAGAAAACCGAAAAAGACUUUAAAUGUGUAUUACUGUACUUCCCAAUAGUGGAACCCGCUUAUCUCAACGCCUCUUGGUUGGCGUCAUAAGCGGAUUCCACUGUAGAUAACCCCUCUCUCAGUCACAACUUACCUUUCUCUUGUCCCUUUUUCCACAAUGUCAAAACUAAAGUGUACAAGCUAAUGGUUUUGAGUUCAAUAACAUUUGUAGUUUUGUCAAACACUGCCUCUUCCCAUUCUUCCAUGUUCUGCAUUGCUACAAACAGACAGCCCGUCACGUAGAAAAGCUUCCACAAGAUGCUAUCUGUGUAGAAAACAUGACAAAUAGGGGCAGUCAUGAAAUAUAUGUGUCAAGCAAUGAAAUAUAUUAAUAUAUACAUAUAAUACAUAUAUGUGUUUGUGUACCAGAGCUGUAGUAUGCAGCCGCCAACC